GCUGUUUCCUGAAUUCUGUGCUGGAGGACUGUGUCUGCGCUGGAUUUUUCUUGCCGUUUCCUGAAUCCUGUGAAGGAGCUGAAGACAUCUUGCCAACUGGACUAAGGUCGAGUUAAAUUUCAAGAAGGUUCGGGGUUUCUCUGGAGUAAGGUACCAAAAUCCACGCUUCAUCACCACAUCAGGCCUGCAACGGGUUUAUUUUUUUUUUUUGGGACUAUAUCUCAGUUAAUUAUUGCCGGCUUAGGAGAACAUUUAAGUGUGGGCCCACAUUGAAAACAGGUUUUGAAACCAAAAGAUUGAAACAUCUAGUUUUUUUUUGUUGUGAACUUAUUAUUGUGCUCAAUAUAUGUUCAACAUUUCAUACAGGUGUGUGUUUGAUUUAUUGUAGAAUAGUAUUUGGAGUAUAUUAUUUUGGUCAAAGCUAUAUUAUUGAGUGACGAGAAUAGGAAAGUACUGGAGCAUUAUUAUUCUAAAGUGAAACUUAAACAAAGGUUUAAACACGGAAGUGUUAUUAUUUAUAAGUUAAUGGGUUUAAUGAACUCAGGGGCUCUUACCUACUUCAUUGCGGUAUAAAAAGGGCUACAUAAAUGGAGGCACCGCUGGGAUCUUUUGUUUGAGUUUUGAUGUAUUAGUUCCAAGUAUUUUCUGAUCAUUAUUGUUAAGGUAAAAGUGAGACAAAAUGCAGCAAACCGAGGUUAUGGUGAAUAAACUUAGGAGCUGGUGUCGAGGGGAAGGCAUAAAUGAGAGCCAUGCAUUGUUGACAAAAGUUCCCCAAAAUACAGAAGUUGCACAAGUAGAAGAGACAUUGCAGACUAUAAAGUGUCUUGGGCGUGUGCGUGUGAGGGGAAGAAUGUUGGAUGAAUCAACUGAUCAAAUAUUAGUGCUUUGUGAGUGCAGGGAGAAACUUAGAAAUGCAGAUAUACCAAAAGAGGUGCUGACUCUAGAUGAGUCUACAGUAUGGCCUAUAUUCAUUACUGCAGAAUCUUCAAGUGCAGAUGAAGAUUUUAGUGCAAAACUAAAUACCCUGUUACAAGCAGAAGGGAAGACUGCAGAGGAAGUGCAUGCUCUUCUAGCUGGUUCAGAACCCAUUCCCUCAUCCACAGAGUCCCUCAUUCGUGCUGUGAGUGAUCUACUGGACAAAGCAGUUAAACCUGCCACAGAAACUGGAGGAUUUCGCCGCCUGCGCACUUUCUCCGGCAUAGUGCCCACUCCUGCAGGUGAAGAACAAUUUGAUCAUUGGUUGGAGCAAGCUUACAUGAUGGUAGAGGUGAGUGAAUGUUCGGCAAAAGAAAAACGACGGAGAAUAAUGGAGGGCCUAAAGGGUCCUGCAUUAGAAGUCAUCAAAGCAGUUCGCCUUUCUGAUCCAAAUGUCAGUCCUGAAGAGUGUCUAGAAGCUCUUGAUAGUGCAUUUGGGAUGGCAGAGUCAGGAGAUGAUUUAUAUUUCGCUUUUAGACUGAUGCAACAACAGUCUGGGGAAAAGUUGUCAGACUUUCUACGAAGACUAGAGCGCAGUUUGUCAAAAGUCGUUCAAAGAAAUGGCCUUCCUGCCUCAAGCAUGAACAAAGCUCGGAUUGAACAGUUGCUUAAGGGCGCAGUGGGUUCAGACUUAAUGCUAAUUCAGCUCAGGUUGAGGGAGAGAAAAGGGAACCCCCCAACCUUUCUUGAACUAUUGCGUGAAAUUCGUGCUGAAGAGGAGUAUGAAGCAUCUAGAGCUAAGUUAACUCCAUCAGUACGUGCAGUCUACCCCAAACCUCAGAUAGACCAAAAUCAUUCUGAAAUUCAGAGUCUGAGGGCUGAGAUAAAAGAGGUAAAGUCAAUGUUCGCUGCACUUUCUUCACAAUCCCUUCAAGAUACUGCUGAUAAACAUGACAAAUGUUCAACUGACAGAGAGAGACUUAAAGAACCAAGUCUGGAUGUUGAAGUCGUGGCUUUAAGGAAACAAGUUAAACAGCUGCAGCAAAAAGUCAAGUCCAGAGUGUCACAUCAGGUUGAAACACCACCAGCUGUCAUGGCCGUGUACACUCCAAGUAGACGUCCUGAAGCGGAUGAACGUUUUUGUUACCGCUGUGGUGAAAGCGGACAUAUGGCUAGUAAAUGCAGGAGGCCAGAAAAUCAAAAUAAAGUUAUUCAGAGGCUUAUUCAAGCACUCAAAAAAGCUAAAACCCCAAAUGCACAGUCUUCUACUGAUGAAAGCGUUGAGCAGAGUGCUACAGUGAGAAAGAGUGCAGUGGGUAAUCUACAACCUGUUGGGCUGCCAGAAGGGCUAAUAGGGCCCCCGUCCUUGGAACCCUUAAAAAUUAAUGGACAGCUCUGUGAUGCCCUAUUAGACAGCGGUUCCCGGGUUAGCAUUAUUUUUGAAUCCUGGUACAGGAAGCACAUGUCUGACACACCCAUUCACCCUGUCAGUAAACUAGACAUAUGGGGUUUGAGUGAUUCCAGCUACCCAUAUCUCGGCUAUGUGAUAGUAGAUAUGGAGUUUCCCAAGACAGUGACUGGAGCUCCAGCUGCUUUGUCAGUCCUAGCUCUGAUUUGUCCAGAUCCACCAGGUCCAGACCAAACCCCGGUCAUCAUUGGGACCAAUGCAAAAGCCAAUCUUCCAAAACGCUUGGCUCAGCUGUGUGAGGAAACAUCUGAGAUGCAUGUUCAGACAUUAGGAAUACACAGUCUUCUGCUUGGAGAUGCAGGAAGACAUUUGGGUUCAAAAGAAGAGAAUGAAGAGAUCGGGUGUAUAAAGUGGGAGGGUCCUGGAGACCUGACAUUUCCUGCUGGGAGUAAAUGUAAAGCAUCUUGCAGAGUGGAUGUGGAGAAGACUCUCACUGAUGACAUCUUGGUAGUGGAAUCUUCAAUCAUAAAUCCCCUUCCUGCUGGUGUGCUGCUACAAGCCAUGGUUAUUCCAAGUAAUGCUGUGGAUGUGAACCAGCUGACCUUAUUGUUCCAGAAUGAAUCUUUGAGAGACAUAACAGUUCCAGCUGGCACUGUUGUGGGAUGUCUGUGUGUUGCUGAUGUUGUCACAACAGUUUCCAAACAAAACACUGUAAAUUCAGGAUUCGAUGCAGGUCUGAUAAAUUUUGGAGACUCGCCCGUUCCAGAACAGUGGAAGCAAAGACUUUGUCAGAAACUAUCUGAACGAGCAUCUGUCUUCUCUCUGGAUGAGCUGGAUGUGGGACUCGCUAAAGAGGUGGAGCAUACAAUUAGACUGUCAGAUCCUCGCCCAUUUCGAGAGCGCUCCAGACGCAUCGCUCCUGCAGAUAUUAAUGAUGUACGUUGUCAUAUACAGAAACUACUAGCUGUAGGCAUCAUUAAAGAGUCCAAAAGUCCAUAUGCAUCUCCCAUUGUAAUUGUGAGGAAAAAGAAUGGAGAUGUAAGGAUGUGUGUUGAUUAUCGGACACUUAACAGUCGAACUGUGCCCGAUCAAUACACCACGCCCCGUAUAGAUGAAGCUCUUGAUUGCCUCUCCGGUAGUCAGUGGUUUUCAGUUUUAGACUUGAGGAGUGGCUAUUAUCAGAUAGCUAUGAAGGAGGAGGACAAAGAAAAAACAGCUUUUAUUUGCCCUCUAGGAUUUUAUCAGUUUGAGAGGAUGCCACAGGGCAUCACAGGAGCUCCUGCAACUUUCCAACGCUUGAUGGAAAAAGCAGUAGGUGACAUGAACCUCCUCCAAGUACUUGUGUACCUUGAUGACCUUAUUAUCUUUGGAAAGACUCUGGAAGAACAUGAGGAGAGACUCCUAAAGGUUCUUGACAGACUUCAAGAAGUAGGGCUCAAGAUUUCUCUGGAUAAAUGUCAGUUCUGUCAGACAAGAGUGAAAUAUGUAGGUCACAUAGUGUCUGCAGAAGGUGUCUCAGCUGAUCCAACAAAAAUUGAAGCUGUUACCACAUGGCCAAUGCCUACUAAUCUGAAGACCUUGCGGUCAUUCUUAGGAUUUUGUGGGUACUACCGGAGGUUUAUCCAGAAUUAUUCCUCCAUAGUUCGCCCAUUGACUGACCUAACUAAAGGAUAUGGACCCACGCAGCGUGGGAGAAAACCCAAAAAGGAUGGAGCUAAAGUUUAUCUGGAUGAGCGGGAGCCAUUCCGAGAGAGGUGGGAUCAAUCAUGCACUGAUGCAUUUGAGGAAGUGAAACACUGCCUUACCAAUGCCCCAGUCCUGGCUUUCGCUGACCCCAGCAAAGCUUACGUCUUGCAUGUAGACGCCAGUCUGAACGGACUAGGCGCUGUCCUUUAUCAAGAGUAUCCAGAGGGAGUGCUGGAGGACUGUGUCUGCGCUGGAUUUUUCUUGCCGUUUCCUGAAUCCUGUGAAGGAGCUGAAGACAUCUUGCCAACUGGACUAAGGUCGAGUUAAAUUUCAAGAAGGUUCGGGGUUUCUCUGGAGUAAGGUACCAAAAUCCACGCUUCAUCACCACAUCAGGCCUGCAACGGGUUUAUUUUUUUUUUUUGGGACUAUAUCUCAGUUAAUUAUUGCCGGCUUAGGAGAACAUUUAAGUGUGGGCCCACAUUGAAAACAGGUUUUGAAACCAAAAGAUUGAAACAUCUAGUUUUUUUUUGUUGUGAACUUAUUAUUGUGCUCAAUAUAUGUUCAACAUUUCAUACAGGUGUGUGUUUGAUUUAUUGUAGAAUAGUAUUUGGAGUAUAUUAUUUUGGUCAAAGCUAUAUUAUUGAGUGACGAGAAUAGGAAAGUACUGGAGCAUUAUUAUUCUAAAGUGAAACUUAAACAAAGGUUUAAACACGGAAGUGUUAUUAUUUAUAAGUUAAUGGGUUUAAUGAACUCAGGGGCUCUUACCUACUUCAUUGCGGUAUAAAAAG